AUGAGCACCGAAAAGCGGCCGGUGGUCCUUGACAACGGCAGUGGGUUUUUAAAGUGUGGGUAUGCCGGCGCCAACUUCCCUACUGCUGUGUUUCAGACUGCGCUUGGCCGUCCCCUGUUGCGGUCAACGAAGCACCGUAGCCAGAGUGGUACUGGCGGUGGCAACAUGCACGUGGAGCCGAUGAUGCGAGACCUGGUCUUUGGGGACGACUGCAGUGGCGUGCGACACCUGCUUGACAUGACCUACCCGAUACGCAAUGGCAUCAUUCAGGACAUGGAUGAAAUGUGUCAUCUGUGGGAUUAUACCUUUGAAGAACGGCUUCAGAUAGACCCUGCAGAGCACCGUCUGCUCCUCUCUGAGGUGCCGCUCUUUAGCAGCAAGCAUCGUUGCCAUUUGUACGAAGUGAUGUUUGAGAAGUAUAACUUCACGGCAAUCCAAUCGGCUCUGCAGGGGACGCUCUCCCUCUUCUCUAAUGGCCUACAAACAGGUGUUGCGGUGGAAAGUGGCGAGGGCAUUUCGCAUUGCACGCCCAUCUUUGAAGGCUACGCCCUGCCGAGGGCGAAUCGUCGCGUUGAUCUUGGCGGGCGCAACAUUACAGAGUUUCUCAUUCGACUUAUGCAGCGGCGCGGGUACAGUUUUAACCAGAGCAGUGACUACGAGACGGUGAGACGCAUGAAGGAGCGCUUCUGCUACGCGGCGGUAGAUACUCAGCUCGAAAAGCAGCUUGCUCUUGAGACAACGGUGCUAGAGCAGAACUUUCUACUGCCAGAUGGCUCUUCCUGCAGUAUUGGACAAGAGCGUUUUGAGGCGACGGAGGCGUUGUUUCAGCCCCACUUGGUAGACAUCGAGUGUGAUGGGCUAUCGACGCAGCUGUGGAACUGUAUACAGGCUGCCGACAUCGACGUGCGGGCGCAGUUGUACAGCCACGUUGUGCUCUCUGGUGGUUCGACGAUGUUUCCAGGCCUCCCGACGCGCAUUGAGAAGGACAUGCGAGCCUUUUUUUUGGAGAAGGCGCUGAAGGGCAACCGGUCACGUCUUGGCCACUUUAAGCUGCAAGUGGAGGACCCGCCGCGGCGGAAGCACAUGGUGUUUCUUGGCGGAGCCACCUUGGCGGCGUUGUCGGUGGGGCAGCCGGAGAUGUGGUUGACUCGGGCGGAGUGGCAAGAAGGAGGUGCGUCGGCACUGCGGGCCCGCUUUGGUGCCUAG